AUGACGCAAAUGCCCGAUUCAGAGGGGCAGAAGCAGGUAGGUGGCCAACAUCUGACCUGGCAGAGGAGUAUAAAAGAUAUUACGAAACCUGUGGGUGCCGUUGGUGCUCCUUGCCUUCCAGGAUGGGGACUGCGUGAUCCCCACUGCUCCCGGUUGGAGACGCUGCAAGAUGUGGCUGCUGAUCGAUGUUGCCUCGGAAUGAUUGUGGGUGCACCCGAAUCGAUACUUGACCGUUGCACGCAAGUCCGCACUCCAAAUGGUCGUGUACUACUCACACCCGAAUUGAAGGAUGAAAUAUUGCGAAAGCUAGCAACGUAUGCCACAGGUCGAGAGACCCUUCGAUGUUUGGCCUUGGCUAGUAGGGAUGAUCCACCUGAAUUGUCACAAUUCAACCUCACUGAUCCCACAAACUUCAAGGAGUAUGAGACCGGUCUCACGUUGGUUGGAGUUGUCGGUAUGUUAGACCCGCCUCGAUGCGAAGUUGCCGAUAGCAUCCGUGCCUGUGCCAACGCUGGUAUCCGUGUCAUCGUCAUCACUGGUGACAACAAGGCCACGGCAGAGGCGAUUUGUCGUCGAAUCGGGCUGUUCGGGGAGAAGGAAGACACGCGUGGAAAGGCAUUCACCGGUCGCGAAUUUGAUAUGCUUUCGUUAACAGAAAAGCGUGAGGCAGUAAGGAGGGCUAAAUUGUUCGCUCGUGUAGAGCCAGCACACAAAAGUGAAAUUGUGCAAUAUCUUCAGGAGGAUGGAGAGAUUUCAGCUAUGACUGGCGAUGGUGUCAACGAUGCACCCGCACUGAAAAAGGCCGAAAUUGGCAUUGCUAUGGGCAGUGGGACAGCAGUGGCGAAAUCCGCCUCUGAUAUGGUCUUGGCCGAUGACAACUUCAGCACCAUCGUGGCUGCAGUCGAGGAAGGUCGAGCGAUUUACAACAACAUGAAACAAUUUAUCCGUUACCUCAUCUCUUCCAAUAUCGGCGAGGUGGUUUCCAUCUUCUUGACUGCCGCUCUUGGCAUGCCGGAGGCACUGAUUCCCGUCCAGCUUCUGUGGGUGAACCUCGUAACUGAUGGUCUGCCGGCUACUGCGUUGGGAUUCAACCCACCGGACUUGGAUAUCAUGCAGAAACCACCUAGGAAUAGCAAGGAGCCACUGAUUUCAGGCUGGUUGUUCCUUCGAUACAUGGCCAUCGGGUGUUAUGUGGGUGUGGCGACUGUUGGUUCGGCCGCUUGGUGGUUCAUGAAAUACUCGGGCGGACCACGAAUGACCUAUUAUCAACUGACGCAUCAUCUGCAAUGUACCCUGGAGCCAUCUGCUUUCGUUGGAGUCCCGUGCUCUGUGUUCAGUAGCCCGAAACCCAUGACAAUGGCCUUGUCUGUCCUGGUUUUGAUCGAAAUGUUCAAUGCGCUAAAUAGUCUGUCGGAAAAUCAGUCGCUGGUAUCCAUGCCUCCGUGGCGAAACGUUUGGCUGGUUAUCGCAAUUUCUUUCAGCAUGUUCCUCCACUUCGCAAUCUUGUACAUUGAUGUGUUUGCAAAGAUCUUCCAGAUCUCGGCGCUCAAUCUGGCCGAGUGGUCUGCAGUGGUGAAAAUAUCGCUUCCGGUUCUGUUGUUGGACGAGACACAGAAGGCCAUCGCGCGGUGCGUGUCCGAACGCAAGAAUCCACUCAGUCAACUUCCUGCACUAUCUGCAAUGUGGCUAGGCUAUGCUCUGUUGUUGUACCGCUUCCCACUGUGAUUUGUGUGUAUGUUUCUUUCAGAAUAGACAUCUGCACAUGUAUACAGUUUGUCGCACCAACCAAGUACCGACAGCUGCUUGGAACCAGCUGCUAUCUGUGUGCAUUAUUUCAUUGUUCUUCUCUUUACCCAACGAAACUUCAUCCACAUGCAUCUGCUUUCCAAACCACCGUUUCAGUUCAGCAGAUUAGGUAUGCGGCGAACCCCUUCUGAACAGUAUGAAGUAAGCAUCACGUGACCCUCAACGGCCUCUCUGGCCUGUUGUACAUCAACCUCUAAACUUUGUGUCACCCUCGUGUACCUAUCGAAUCUAUCCUAUGCUUGUCUCACUAUUUAGUUAUGCGAUCUCUCUGCAACUGGCCCUUUCCAGACUUCUACGUUCAGUCAGAUUGCUCAUGCUCUCCCUAAUACACCCAUCCAGCCAUCAUUCCCACGUGUCUCCCUUUUAUCCUGUUGGUUUUCAUCUGUAUUUCACUGCUUUAUGAUGUACUACUAUUCUGUUGUGGUAAAUAUGUACUGAUCUCUUCUCCAACGGUGGAUACCACGGGCUCACUGAGUCAGGAUUGCCAAUUCCCGUCGCCAGAAUUUUGUAACUUUUGGAAAUCUAUCAGCGAUGUAGUGAGGAACAAACGGAAGAUUCUAUCGCCUGUUGUCUCAUUGAUCUGUCUGUCUACACACGAGUAGGAUUAAGAAAACACAACCCAUGUGUGUGCAAACAGGCG